AUGCAUACUUCAUACAUAAUAUUGUCGAUAAUUCUAUUGUUUACCGCAUUAAAUAUAUCAAAUGAACGCGGCGCUGGUGUAUGUUAUUCCUGCGUAGGUUGUCCAAAGCCAUUUACUCCUGAUCUCUCGUCUGUUAUGCAAGUUUACACGUCUACAGGCUGGUGUUCUAUGAUGAGUAAUUCAGAUUCGUCCGAUGCCACUUUUACUCGAAAUGCUGCUCCGCCUGGACUAUGUUACACCAAAGGAUGUUCCUGGCAGAUAGUAAACGGUGCUAAAACAUGGGUUUGCUGUUGUGACGGUAGUCUAUGUAAUGGGGAUCCUCCGACAACCCUCUGCUAUGAUUGUACGAAUUGUCCAAAACCAUUUAAUCGAAAGAGUGUAGGAGUGUCGACAGCAGAUUCGAGAACGGGCUGGUGCUACCGUCGAAGCACUUCGAAUGAAGACUAUGCAUCUGUAGAUCGAGGAGUCGCUCUAUCGGGCAUCUGUGCUUGGAAUGAAUGCUCGUGGAAAAUCAUUGACAGAAGCAGAUAUUGGGUUUGUUGUUGUAAUGGAGACAAAUGUAACUCGGCAGUAUCAAUGUCAACAUCUGCUAUUUAUAAAUUGAUCACUGGAGCAUUGCUCAUCGUUAUGUUUCAGAAGAAGUUUCUUGACUAA